UAUCUUAUCAAUGUGUAUCAAUGAUUCCCCUAUCCGAAAAAAAUGCUUUUCAAGUGUUUGGAAAUAAAUCAGAGCAGCAAAUUCGAAAAUGGGUUUAAUUCGAUUUCAAACAUGUUUAGUAGUUGCCGCAAAAAAACCAAAACCGAUUCGGAUGAUGAAAUAGAUGGAAUCGAAGAAGUUUCACGCAGAAAAGCGUUCCGGGAUGAUGAACAAGCAACGGAAAUUGAGUUAAAUACACGGGAUAUACUCAAAGAAGAUGAAGAAAUUAUUACGAAAGCAUUGGAAGCAAGUCCAUUCUUCAUGGCUCUUGCUUCCAAAGCAGUCAAAAACUUCGCCAAAUACAUGACCCCGAUGGCCUUGAAAGAAGGCGAUGUGGUUUUGAAACAGGGCGAGGAAGGAAAUUCCAUUUACGUGUCAAAAACCGGAAAAUACAAGAUAGAAAUCAACGAUGAACUAAUUUCUCACUUUGAAGAUAGCAGACUCUUCGGAGAAUUAGCAAUUCUCUAUGAUAAACCAAGAGUAGCAACUGUGUCAGCCGAAAGUGAUGGUGAAGUAUGGCAUCUGACACGUAAAGAAUUCAAAACAAUUCUAAGCAGUUUUAAUAUCACCGCAUAUGAAAUUCUGAUUGAAUUUCUUGCAAAAGUACCCGUACUCAACGCGUUGACAAAACCCAAACUUAAAAAGAUAGCGAAUCUUUGCGAAACUAAUUAUUUUGCUAAAGAUACACAGAUUAUUCGUGAAAAUGAACGCGGAGAUGAGUUUUUCAUAAUAAAAACAGGAUCUGUGAUAAUUACGCAUUCAGAACAAGGUUUGAUCAAAACUUUGGAGCUUCCCGGUGAUUGUUUUGGAGAACGUGCAUUGCUUUACGAUGAUGAUAAGCGACAAGCAACGAUUACAGCUGGAGAAUAUGGUGUUGAGUGUAUAAUUCUCAGCCGAAAUGAUUUCAAUGAGUUUUUGGGCGAUUUUCGUAACUUUUUCGAAAAUGACAUCACAAAACCCACACCAGAGACACCAGAAUUGAAAAAAUUAGAUAAAUAUAAUCACAUUGAAUUAUCCAAGUUGCAAAAAAUGAAUAGCCUGGGAGAAGGUGCUUUUGGAGUCGUAGAACAAGUAAAAUACGGCAAAAAAGAAUUUUUCGCACUGAAAACCAUCGGGAAAAAGAAGUUAAAAGACCAUAAUCUCGAGUACAUCACCACCAACGAGACAAAACUUUUAAGUUUAUGUGACCAUCCAUUUAUCAUCAACCUAUAUAACACCUUUGAAGAUGAGAAAUUUUUUUAUUUAUUACUUGAGUACUGCCCAAAUGGCGAUUUGUUUGCGUUGCUGCACAAAUCAAAAUUCGUUUUUAAAGAAAACCACGCGAAAUUUGUCGCUGCGGGCAUUGCAGAGGCAUUAAUCUACCUCCAUGAGCGUAACUGUGCAUUCCUGGACCUCAAACCGGAAAAUAUCUGCAUUGAUUCAAAGUGUUACCCGAAACUUUUGGAUUUCGGCAAUGCUGUGCAAUUGGAGCCCGGGAAAAAGACGUUUCUUCAAGCUGGUACGCUUGAAUACAUGGCACCGGAAAUAUCACAACUUUGCGGUUAUGACAUGGCGGUGGAUUAUUGGGCUCUGGGUGUGUUGAUCUAUGAAAUGCACAUGAAAGUGACGCCGUUUUGUGAUAGAAAUGAUAAAAACAUCGCGAUAAAUAUCGCAAAAGGUCUUACAGAUGAUCAUGUGAAGAAUUUAAAUGAUUCUACAGCGGAUAUUAUUCAAAGUUUGAUGAAUAUGAACCCGGCGAAGCGUCUUGGAUGUCAAGUAGACGGUGGGAAUGAGAUCCGAAAACAUACGUUUUUUAAAGACAUUGAUUUUGUUAAGUUGCGUGAGUAUCGGGUUAAGUCACCUUUGCGCUACUUUUUUAAACGCUAGAUAUUUAUUAAAAUUUUGAAUUUAUAUUUAUUAUCUUAUCAUUUUAUUAUAAUAGUGUUAAUAUUGCUAUCAUUGAGCAUGAUAUGCGUUUUUAAAUAGAAUUAGUGGAAUUGUACUAAUUAAAAACACCAAUUAGUGGAAGAUUAAGAUGUGUAAAAAUUUAUAACGGAGAUAAUUAACUAAUUAAAUUUGUGUUUGAUGUA